AUGAUCAAUGGAAGCAAGGAUCUUUACAGCUUGCUACACUUCAUCGGGCAUCCAGCAGUCCAAAAGACGACGUUCGAGUCUUUUAAAUCUCGUUUCUGCAACACUAAGAACCCCGCAAGUUUGGAUGCACUUAGUCAGGAGAUGGUAGACAGUGUUGGCUGCUUCACCCACAAAGACAAGCUUUUCGAUGCCAGGCUCAUCACGCUCCCGAAACCUCACAACAAAUCUCUCAGCCUCAACCCAACGAAGUUAGAACUCGAGAUUUAUCACGUCAUUCGUGCUCGAUUCAAGCAGAGAGCACAAACACUCGGCGAAAAUGGAGAGCUGAGAUCGAACAAAUAUCACAUCUGGGCAAUGUACACUCUCUUGCGCCAGAUGACAGCCCAUCCGUUGCUGGUUCCUACUAGAGUCUCUGACUACUUGGAACUAGACGAUUUUGAGAAGCUCGAGAAGGCAGUCGAGAGACAGAUUGCUUCGGGCGAAACUGCAAUCAGCACAAUUCACGCUUUCAGAUCUACCAUGCGUGCACGUCGUACGCGUGCUGAGGUACGGGCUGCGAACGGUAUCACGCUUGAUACAGAUGGAUCAUCAUCACCCAUUGACGAAUUUGACGAAGGCAUUGAUGAGGUGGAAGAGUUGAGAGUCCCCGAGGUCAUCAAGAAAAACAAGAGCAAGAACGGCACUGGAGGUGCCCAUGGCAAGAACGUCGCCUAUGGAGGCUACGUCGAAUCGUUCAAGCGCAGCACCAACUUCCACAUCCUUAGCGAGCGCGCACAAUGUUGCAAGUGCAACCGUCCUGCUACUAAUCCUGUCAUGGCUCCGUGCUACCAUAUCUAUUGCUAUCUGCACGUGGAAGAUAUGAUGCACGAGACUGGUGCCAACAAGCUCGACCGUACGUUCUGCCUCAAACCAGGCUGCGGAAAAGAGAUCACCAAGACGUCACUUGUUGAUGCAGAAGCCGGUUCGAAGCUCAAAUGGCUCGAUGCAGGCGGCAAUGUCCUGCCAUCCACCAAGACUCUGGCCGUCAAGUCUCAGGUUCUAAACUGGCUUGAACCUAAGAGCGGUGGUGAUCCCAAUGCGAAGUGCAUCAUCUUCUGCCAGUGGAAGACCUUUUUGAACAUGCUAAGCACGAUCUGUGAGACCGAGAAGUGGGAAUAUGUCACUCUUCACGGUAGCAUGAACAAGAACACCCGCGACGAAAACAUAGACAACUUCAAGAACGAUCCCAAGAUCAAGAUUCUCAUCGCCACAUUGAAGACUGGAGGCCAAGGUCUCAAUCUCACUUGCGCGAGAUAUGUUCUCAAUGUCGACCCUUACUGGAACACUGCCGCAGAAAUCCAAGCCUUCUCAAGAGUUUACCGUAUCGGACAAGAGUACGAGACUGAAUUUGUCAACUUGACGCUCACCGGCACUAUAGAUGAGCACCUGAACGCCAUCAAGGAGCGCAAGAAGAAGGAGAUCGAUCAAGUGAACGCAGGUCACAAGAAGCUAACUAUGCAGGAUCUGCUCAAGACCUUUGAGCCCGUUGACAGCGAGGAGAGUGCUUCAGAAUAA